UCCCGCACAGGGGUGCCUCCCACCGGGUGGGCCCCCGCUGCCCCGCCUGCCCGCACCGUCGAGGCGGUGCCCGUGCCUGGCGAGGGGCAGCCCGCGAGUACAGCCCGCGUGCAAAGACCCAGCCGGCAGCGGAAGGGCACGAGGGCCGGCUGGGGCUCCUGUCCCCUUUCCAGACGCAGUGUGGUGAAGACGCCCCGCCGUGGGGAGGGGAGAGGCGGGGACGGACAGGGCCCUUGGCACAGGGAGCCCCUGGGACCCCCGUGCGGCGUGUGCCCCGUUCCACCGCAGGGGGGCAGGGGGGCAGCCCAGCGUGGACUUUGUGUAGGGAGUGCUGAGGGCGGGCGGCGAGUCCGAGCCGCUGCCGGGGGCCUGAGAGCGGCCUGCGGAGCGUGCCUUUAACACCCGCCGCCUGUGACCCUGCGACGUCGACGCUGAUGGCACCGGGGCGUGUGGCUCCGGAGGACCGACCGAGAUAACGCGCGCUGCACGGUGCCUGGUGCGCCGUCGACGCUCAGUAGAUGUGAGCCCUCGUUGUGACCGUCAGGGAUUUUUAAGCAGAGUUACUGCAAUUUCCAAAUGAAUCAUCUUCAAAACAGCACCCAUGCCCAUCUCACCAGCUUUGCUCAGAACAGUUGAAGAACGUCUCUUUCGAAAUGGCCUUCCAGCCCUUGCAUCACAUAGAGUUCCCCCGGCGCUGUCUGGCUCUCUGCUGUGUUCCAGGGACGGUGUAGGUGCUUCGGAGUGCUCUGUGCUGGCAAAUUUUCUCACCCAAGAGUGGAUUGGAGAAGUGAUCCCAAAUUCGGCCUGCCCAACACUGGUCAUUGGGCCGGCAGAAGUAAUUUUGGGCCCAGAUGAGUUGAGACCACAAACGAACAGGCCACCUUUACUUGAAGCCUUGUCACGACGCGGAACAGCACGUGCAUGUUUCCUGGCCGGGGGCCUCCUGCCACAGCCGCAUCAGUUGCCUGCCCCAGUUUCCCAUCGGGGGCUCACUUUUCCUUGAAGAACCCCCAUCCCCUCCGGGAAACUCCUACCUGCUCUUCCAGACCCAGGCCGCCGUCAGCUCUGCUCCAGCGUUUCCGUCCCUGUCUCCUUGUUCUCGCUGGCGCCCUCCGUCCAGCGCCACAGUUCUGCAGCCUGCUUUGUGGUCUGUUCAAAAUAAAGGUCGGCUUGGGGCUCUCGUCCCCACGGCCACCACGAGGCAGCCAUCCUCAUGCGCUGGGAGCGUCCCUUGCCUCCUCCAGUGGAGCUUCUCCCCCGUCCUGACCAGCCCGGGCCAGGAGAUGCUCGUUGGCAAAGACGUGUUCCUGUGUCGCUGGCAUCAUGUCACUCCUGGCCCUGCUGCCAGUUCCACUGCAGAUUGUCACAUGCUUCACGUGGCGGGUGCCACCCCAGAGUCAGGAAGCUCACACCCCCUCCUGUACACCGGUCUGACACUCUCAAGGCUAUAGAGGUCAUGGCUGACACAUUGAAAUAUAUCCAGUUACUUUCACAUUCGUUCACCAGGCAGGUGUUAUGGAAGCUGCUGAAGGCUGUGAAAUUCGGAGAAACGGUUUCUUACCAGCAAUUAGCAGCCCUGGCUGGCAACCCCAAGGCAGCGCGGGCCGCAGGAGGAGCGAUGCGGCGCAACCCUGUACGUCUGUAUCCCCGGGCGCAUACCCAUCCUCAUCCCGUGCCACAGAGUGGUCUGCAGCAGCGGGGCCAUGGGCAGCUACUCCGGAGGCGCGGCCGUGAAGGAGUGGCUUCUGGCCCACGAAGGCAGCGCGGCGGGGAAGCCGGCGCAUGGAGGGGGCUCCCGUCCAGCUGGAAACUGGCGCAGGGCUCUGGGUGGCACCACCAGCUCCCAGCCUGCUGGCCGGGAUUGAGUGUUUGUGGUAGCGGCACGCCGGGAGCGGGGCGUAGGUUGGCACUGCCGUAUUAAAGGAGCUGA